AUGGAUCCUCAAAGAGGCAGAGCUCGAGGCCGAGGUAGGCCCCGAGGAGGGGGCAGAGCUAGGGGUGCAGGCAGGGUUCCUCCUGCGGAGGAGUUCUAUGAGGAGGUACCUUAUGUUGUACCUGUUCCACCUGUUGUGGGUGUAGUAGAUGCCAUUCGGCUAGCGCGACUGGCGAAGGAUAUUACUAGGCUUGGAGUGGUUCCUUUCCAGGGCGGUAUAGACCACAUGUUGGCUGAUCAGUGGAUCAGGAACAUGGAGAACUACUUCCAGAUGAUCGUCUGCACCGAUGUUGAGAAAAGGGAGAUAGUUACAUUUCUGUCCCAGGAUGAGGCACGAGUAUGGUGGGAAGGCAUAGAGAGGACUAGAGAUGUGACCACCAUGAGCUGGGUGGAUUUUGUUGUACUCUUCCGUGGGAAGUACUUCCCGGCUGCGGUGAGGGAGCAAUUAGAGGUGGAGUUUCUUGCUCUAACUCAGGGGGAUAUGAGUGUUAGGGAGUAUGAGGCGAAGUUCUCGCAGUUGUAUCACUUCGUGAGGCCGAUGGAUGCUCUGAGCUUGGCGGGGAAGUUUCAGCGAGGGCUGGAAGCUUCUCUUAGGCAUGCUAUUGUACCCCUGGAGUUGACUAUUGUGGCACUCAUCGUGGCUAAGGCCAUGGCACUUGAGCAGGACACCCAGCUUCACCAGGAUGAGUUGGCGACUUCGACUUCGAGAGAUUCCCAAGGGAAGGGGAAGGCGGUUGCCGGGAACAGGAGUUCGACGGGUUAUCGGGGCGGGUCCUGGAAGAGGCAGCAGCGGACUUAUCAUCAUGCCCCAGCUAGAGUAGCAGCUGCACCUGUUAGGGCUGCACCUAUCAGGCAGGUAGCCCCGGCUACACCUCUGAGAUGUUACAACUGCAAAGAGGUGGGCCAUUCUUUCAGAGAGUGCCCGAGGCCGAGGACCGCAGCGUGCUUUAGAUGCGGACAGACAGGGCAUUUAGCCAGAGAGUGUACCCGACCUCAAGUUGGUGGGCAGAGGACUCAGCAGAGACUGUUGCCUCCGGGUCAGGCUAGAGUAUUCGCUAUCGGUCAACGAGGUACAGGGGUGGAAGGUACCUUAUCUAUUUUCAAUUACCUUGCUAGAGUAUUGUUUGAUACGGGAGCAUCUCAUUCUUUCAUAUCUAGUUCUGUGGUAGACGGGUUGGGUUUGACUUCUAUGCCUCUUGCUAGAUCUUUGUGUGUUACAUCGCCUCUAGAUGUUUCUCUUGAUCUUAUUAUGGUUUGUGAUGCAUGCCCUAUUGUGAUUUGUGGUAGAGAUUUCUCUACAGUUUUGAUUGUGAUUCCAGACCACACGUACGAUGUGAUCUUGGGUAUUGAUUGGUUGAGGCCGAACCAUGCUAUGAUUGAUUGUUUUGAGAUGGUUGUGUCUUUCCAUAUCCCUGGACAGCCUGUGUUUCGUUAUAGGUGUCUGAGAUCUGAUACUGCUAUGAGGGCAGGAGUAUUGGCACAUUUAGAGUCCAUGAGUAGUACUUCGGUUAUUGCAGAGAUUUCUGUUGUUUCCGAGUAUAUUGAUGUGUUCCAGGAGAUACCGAGGUUACCUCCGAAGAGGGAAGUGGAGUUUGCUAUUGAUGUGAUACCAGGUACAGCACCUGUAUCAAUGGCACCUCAUCGGAUGGCGCCAGCUGAACUUCAGGAGUUGAAGGUGGAUUAUCGGCAGUUGAACAAGGUGACCAUCAAGAAUAGGUAUCCUUUGCCUAGAAUUGAUGACUUGUUUGAUCAGCUUAGAGAGGUUAUGGUGUUCUCUAAGAUUGAUUUGCGGUCCGGUUAUCACCAGUUGAGGGUGAAGGAUCAAGACAUUCCUAAGACUGCCUUCAGGACCAGGUAUGGACAUUAUGAGUUUGUUGUCAUGCCUUUUGGUCUAACCAAUGCGCCUGCAGCUUUUAUGGAUUUGAUGAAUCGUAUGUUCAGGCCGUACUUGGAUCAGUUUGUUGUAGUAUUUGUGGAUGAUAUCUUGAUUUACUCCAAGUCUUUGGAGGAUCAUGAUAGACAUCUGCGGAUUGUGCUACAGAUUCUUAGGAAGAACGAGUUGAAUGCCAAGUUCGAGAAGUGUGAGUUUUGGCAGAAGGAUGUCAAGUUUCUUGGUCCUGUGGUGUCGAAGGAUGGGGUGUCCGUGGAUCCUUCAAAGGUUGAGGCAGUGAUGAGUUGGUGUCGCCCCACUACUGUCACCGAGAUACGUAGCUUUCUUGGGUUGGCUGGGUAUUAUCGGCAAUUCAUUGAGGGGUUCUCUAGUAUUGCUUCGGCUUUGACCAGGUUAACCAGGAGGGAUGUUCAAUUUGUAUGGACUGAGGAAUGUGAGAAGGCAUUCAUUGAGCUGAAGACUAGAUUGACUACAACUCCAGUGUUGACUAUUCCAGCUAGUGGUGGUGGUUUAGUCAUCUACAGCGAUGCGUCUCAUCAGGGUUUGGGAUGUGUGUUGAUGCAGCACGGUGGCGUUGUUGCUUAUGGCUCUAGACAGUUGAAGGUUCAUGAGAGAAACUACCCCACUCAUGAUUUAGAGCUCGCUGCUGUGGAGUUGAACAUGAGACAGAGAAGGUGGAUGGAGCUCAUAAAGGACUAUGACUUCACCUUGGAGUAUCAUCCCGGGAAGGCCAAUGUAGUGGCAUAUGCCUUGAGCAGGAGGCAGAGGGGUAUUGUUGCUUCUGCCAUGGUUCAGGAGUGGCUCAUGUUAGAGACAACAUCUGAGUUUGACCUUGUACCAUUAGGAAAAGAGGGGGAGAUCUUCCUAGGUAGUAUUUCUGUACAGCCUACUUUGAUUUCCAUGAUUAUUCAGGGUCAAGCGCAGGAUGAGUUCUCUCGGGCAAGGUUGGCAGAGUUAGUUGCUUAUUUGAUUGAUGAUUGUCCUUCGGAGUGGGCAGUGGGAUCCGAUGGUGGGUUGAGGUUGAGAUCGAGACUAUAUGUUCGGGACCGUGAUGAGCUUAAGGGGAGAUUCUUCGGGAGGCACAUCGAUCUCGAUAUACUGUACAUCCAGGGAGCACCAAGAUGUAUAUGGAUCUUCGAAGACAGUUCUGGUGGAAUGGGAUGA